GACCUGAAGACAUUGCCAAUGAGAGAAUGCGCAAGCCUACACCGAUUGGGGAGAAGGCUGUCGUAGAAUAUCGAUGCCACAUUUGCGAAAAGAAGUUUGCAACAUCAAGCCGUUUACGACGUCAUGAUGCAACGCAUUCCAUCAUUCGAGCCUACCAAUGCACUCAUUGCAGUCAGAAUUUCAAACGCCAUGACGCUCUUCGAAGGCACUCCAGGACUUGCUCGAAUGGUCAAGUGGUCUCACCACUCAAGAGAGGGCCGAAGCCACGCUCCUGCGACCAUUGCCAUAUCAAAAAACUACAAUGUUCCGCUACACAGCCCUGCAAUUCCUGCUUGAUUAGCAAGAUCACGUGCUCCUACACGCAUGCUAGUCAUAGAGACACAGUAAUUGGCCUGGACAGGGUAGCAGCAAAGCAUGGUACAGAAACGUCCACAAAAUCCGCGACCACAACCUCGCAUCAUCUUGCCAUGGUAUUUUUGCUCAACUACACCGACCCUUCUUUCGAGACUGUCACAGACGCGAUGGCUGCCGUGGGAGCACGUGUCCAAGCUGUUGUACACUUUCCAUGGCUACAUCAAUUGUCCAAUGAUGUAUUCGAUCAACCUAGUGACGUUGGAAUCUCGGAUUAUUUUCCAUUUACCACAGACGACGAACGUUUGGAUUUUGGAAUCACCCCAUCAGAAUACAACCUCGAACCUGUGCGCAAAGAUCGCGCUUCAGAAGUCCAAUCCAUACUUGCCCAAGAAUACAGCAGAACACCUGCGGCGCUCCCAUUAUCGGAAGGAAUAUUCCCGACGCGUUUGGCGAGAACAGUAUUUACCUUAGACAACAUUACGGACUUCGUUUCAGCCUACUUCACCUUCUUCCAUCCACAUUUCGCAUUCAUCCAUCGCCCAACGUUUGACUUGGAGACCGCAAGUCUACCCCUCGUCCUUGCACUCGCUCUAUCUGGAUCGGCGCAUCUCACGCCCCGCGACGAUGCUCUCGCUGCUCGUGAGUUUUACGUAUUGAGCGAAGAAUACAUCUUCAGGCAACUGCGCCAGGCUGUCGCCGAUGGCGGGUCUCCGAACGACGUGAGAGUAAUCGAGAUCGUUCAAGCUGCACAAGUCAUGCAUUCUCUUCUAGCCAGCUCCAAUGAUGAACCAACGCGACGGAGGAUUCGAGUUAAUCGACACCCCGAACUCAUCGCAUCGAUGAGGUCUUUGGGAUUUACAGAGAUCAGACGCGUGCAUCGUCCUGUAGACGUCGAGUGGGACGUUUUCAUCGCCGAAGAGACGAGGAUCAGACUCGUCGCUGGAAUGUUCGUCGUCGAUUCCAUGAUCGUCUUAUUCCUCAACAACCCUCCACAUAUAACUUUGUCCGAGAUGUCGAGCGAUCUCCCAUAUCCCGACGCAUUAUUCGAGGCAUCAUCAGCCGCGCACUUCAAACGCGUGGCUUGUCAGUCAUCGCAGUCGCCCUCUCGAAGUUUGUGCGGCCUGAUGAUGGCAUUAUUACGAGACGGUUGGCAUUGGUCCGACGAUCUACGAUUCGCUUCGAUGAAUCCAAAGACAAUGCUUCUUCUCAUCUUCGCCAUUAACUCUGCGAUCUUUGUGGCACGCACCUCUUUAUUAUCGUCAAGCUCUUCGCAAAGUUUAUAUCGAGCGCUAGACCGUUGGAAAGAUCUCUGGGACGAUAUGAACUCCAAUGAGGAGAUAGACCAUUCGCAAUUCGUCGGUUUCACGAAGCACUGCUUGGAACUUUGGUGGCUUGGGCGGAAGCUCGUAGACAAAAUGUCAAAAGGCGAUGUCGGAGAGGAGUAUAUGAAAGCUACGCCAAAGGACUCGUUCACGGCGCUACAUGAGUUUAUACGAUCAAAUGUAGGCUAACGAAGAAGCGUAUGCUUGAAUCCAAGGUUGAUCAUUAUUGGGAAGACUGUUCGCCUUCUUGGCUUGUGAGGGUCUGGAU